CAUGGGACACCCACUGAGACCCCCGGCCUUCUGGGUGCGUGCGGAAUUCUGCGGAGCUGGGAGAUGCCCCGGGGUGAGAAGAAGCCAAGGUCGGAGGUGCUCCUUCCUGACGGCGUGCCUUCAGAGCCCCCAGCUCAAGUGGCCCUUGAUGUCUUGUCAUGAACAGUUCUACCAGGAUGUGCACCCGUAAGGCACAUCUGGGCAGGGCUCUGUUCAGACCUGGGCUGCACCUGCUCUCGUCCGGCUUCACAGGUGCUUAGAAGAGCAUGUGGUAGAGUUUUUCAUCCAACAAAUGGAACACAUCGCAGAACUUUGCUAAGAUGGACAACUCAACAGACAAAGCCCAGUGCACUGGCAAAAACUAUCCCAGCAAGGCCAGCAAAGUACUGAAAGGUUUUACUGCUGCAUAUCCAACACAAGCCUCCAUUCCUUUUAAAAAACAGAUUUCAGCACUUCCAGAAUCAGAAAAAAAGGGAUUCAAUAGUCAAGCCCAAAGAUUUUAUUAUAAAAAGGAUAAUAUCCCAGGUCCUGGGUUCUACAAUGUCAUUCACCAGUCUCCGGUGUUCAACAGUGUCUCACUGUCGAAGAAAGGGACAUGCACUUUUCCCUCUACGCGGGCCCGAUUGGACACCAUCAUUUCUAAAUACCCCGCAGCGAACGCAUACACUCUUCCAUCACGUUUUGUUUCGAAGAAAGACUUCAGCAAUUCCUGUUCCAGCAUGUUUCAGUUGCCAAGCUUUGUGAAAGUCCUCAAAUCUGAAACUCCCGCACCAAACCAUUACAACGCCUCUGUCUCCUGCUGCAAACAGAGAAACAACGUUUGUGCCCGAGCUGGGUUUGUGUCCAAAACCCAGAGAGGGUUUUUCACUAUCACUGCCCCAGGACCAGCUCCAGGACAUUAUCAUAUCAACGAAUCCCUUGUGAAGCAGUCACCAAAGGCAUUAACAUCUUGUUUCAAAUCAAAAACGGGACGUGGAUUGAAACUGACAUCAGCAGGCCCGGGGCCUGGUUAUUACAACCCCAGUGAUCACAUCAAAAUUCUGAAGAAGACUCUUUUCCCGAGAAACCCCAUCCUGAACUUCUCUGCCCAGCCUUUGUUCUUGCCUCCGAGGCCGCCGUUCCCGGGCCCCGGUCACUAUGAGAUCGUGGACUACGAGGGCCCCCCCAAGCACUUCAUCUCCAGCGCAUCGUUCGUGUCCAGCACCGGCCGGUGGACAGCAGCCCCGUGCCAGCCAGACCUGCCUGGCCCAGCCACGUACAAGCCACAACUCCCUGGAAAGCAGUCCUUUCUGUACAAUGAGGACAACAAAUGGAUUCCAGUGCUGUAGGGACCGCACACAAGCUCGGGGAGCGCCCUGGCCACCGGCGGCCCCGCCCAGGCUCCCCAGGACGCUCUUUCGGAGAAUGCCCAUCUCGUGCGUGGCAGACAGCGAGCCGGAGGGCAGCUCCCCCACACCCCCUUGGCGCCCGGCCUUUGUCUUUGUCUGGAGCUGCCCCCUGGAGAUCAGACGCCCACCUCCUCUGCCUCCUGCGGGUUCCUGAGCGGAAAUGAGGAGCGGACAGAGCCUCCCUUGGUUACCUGUCACGCCCCUGGCCGUGCUGGGUCCCAUAGGCCUCCCCACCGACGUGAGGGUCUCCUGAAGCUCAGACUCAAGGGAGAAGGUGGCCCUUGGCAGAUUCCCCUUCUAGAAGCCUGACGCCGGGCCAGCUCGAGGUCCAGAGAGCACCUACACUCCCAUCCCUAGCCCCUGACUUCUGGGAGCCGGGAAGGCCCAGAGGCGCUUGCCUUGUGACAGACUUGAGGAGGUGCCUGGGCCCGGGACCCCCCGCUAAGCCUGCGUAUCUCACCUUCAGGAAGAGCGUGACACCAGUCACCGUGGUCACUUGCGCUCGGUACCCACCUUCAGGAGAGGCCACCGCAUCCAUUUAGUGGCCCAGUGUUCGAUGGCACGUGUGGGCACGUGACUGCUAGGACCGGAGCCCUGGGAACAGCUUUCUGAGGGGCAGGGAGGCUGUGCACUGCUUAGUGCCUACGGGUUCCUUCUUUUCCUGGGACUCUCCUAUAGCCAGGCCCGGCCUCCAUCUCCUCCCCAGGCCUCUUGCUCAAGUUUGACGCAGUCUUUAAUGGGUCUCUUCUGGCCUGCCAAAUCCGUUUCCCCUCGGCAAGAGGAAGAGAUUCCCAAAGAACCAAGGAGAAACAGAAGAAGCCACACGUCACCUCCUUUCCCAGAUAUUGAUGUUGUCGUUCACUUCUGCAAGUGGAAGGCGCUCACGUAGCCCCCUUCAUGCUCCCCACAGGGUACAGGCCCUCUCUCCCGGGGCCCCUCCUCUGACUUUGCUCUGUGACCAGAGAGAGAAUGGCCUUCCUGUCAGGAUGGCCGCUGACUGGCUCUCCCUGUGGGGAGGGGUGGGGGAGGGAGAGGGAGGGAGAAGGAUGGAAUACCAUAUCCAAUUAAACUGAAUUCUUGCAUCUCACCAAA